UGAAGCUUCUGUCUGUGAAUAUUUCAAAGUGCUGGCAAGUGGAGCAGGGAGAAACAACAUGGGAAGUAAGAUUAUUUCGCUUCUCGUGGUGGGGGUCCUCACAGCAUAUUAUGUUUAUACCCCUCUCCCAGACAACAUUGAGGAGCCAUGGAAAGUCACGGGGCUGUUCAUGGCAGCAAACACUAUAAAUGCGUUGGCUCACUUUGGUGAACUACUGGGAAUCAGCCAUUACUUGAAGACUCUAAAUUUCUUCGUGAGCUUGCUAGAUGUCCCAGCCAGAUCAGACGAAAAUGUCACUGUGACGGAGACAACUUUCAACAAUGUUCCUGUCCGUGUUUAUAUACCGAAUCGAAAGUCAGAGGCACUAAGAAGGGCCAUAUUUUAUAUUCAUGGUGGUGGUUAUUGUUUAGGGAGUUUUGCUAAUUUGAAUUAUGACACGCUGUCAAGACAAACAGUUAAUAGACUUGAUGCCGUCGUCAUUUCAACCAACUACAGACUUUCACCUCAAUACCACUUUCCAAGUCAAUUUGAAGAUAUAUAUAAUUCAUUAAAGUGGUUCCUACGCCCAGAUGUUCUUAAAAAAUAUGGUGUUGAUCCUGAAAGAAUUGGUGUUUCUGGAGAUAGUGCUGGAGGAAACUCAGCUGCAGCAAUAUCUCAACAGCUCCUAGAUGAUCCAGAUGUCAAGAUCAAACUCAAGAUACAGUCUUUAAUUUAUCCUAGCCUUCAGUUUCUUGAUAUGGAUUUACCAUCUACUCGGGAAAAUGGACAUUUCCCAGCUUUGACCAAAUCACUUUUGGUCAGGUUUUGGAGCGAAUACUUCACCACGGACAGAUCACUUGAAAAAGCCAUGUUCUUCAAUCAACAUGUACCAGUGGAAUCAAGCUAUCUCUUCAAAUUUGUUAAUUGGAGUUCUUUACUCCCAGAGAAGUUUAAGAAAGGGCACACUUAUAACAGUCCAACUUAUGGUACCUCUGAGCUAUCUAAAAAGUAUCCAGGGUUCCUAGAUGUGAGGGCAGCCCCUCUGUUGGCUGAGGACAACAAGUUGCGUAGUUUACCCUUGACCUAUGUCAUCACCUGUCAACAUGAUGUUAUAAGAGAUGAGGGAGUCAUGUAUGUCACCCGACUUCGGAAUGCUGGAGUUAGGGUGACCCAUAACCACAUUGAAGAUGGAUUCCAUGGAAUACUUUCUUUUUAUGGAUUGAAAAUUACAGAUAGAUUAAAAAAUCAGUAUCUGAGUUGGUUAAGUGAAAAUUUGUAAUGAAAAUCUCAACUGUGGUUUAUAAAAAUACGUAAGCCUCAAAUAGAAAACAAAUUAGAAGCAAAAGGUGGUGCUUAUAUUUCUUUUUAUUACUUGUGACCUUUAUAAGGUCCUCAUGGCCACUGUAGGGUUUUCUGGUGAUUGUUGGUUUCUGUUUUGUUUCUUUACUCCAUGGAUUCUUCUCUAUUCUAUAUCCUAAGUGUUGUUUACUCACCUCUGUAUCUUAGAAAAUAUCUACUGUAUCAUAUAUUCUUUUCUUGCUACUAAAACGCCUAAGAGAUCCUUGGCAUUAAUUUUGGCAUCCUAGUGCAGAAAUAGGCUUGCUGGCUUUAAGAAGUGAAUUUUAUAGUAGUAGGUGGCAAAUGUUGUAAACAGUUGGCACAUGAGUCUUAUUUGUGCCUACACGGCUGCUGCAGUGCUUUAAAUACAUCCCAGUAAAAGCUUUGGCAUUUCACAAGCCAGAUGUGUUUGUUUAAACCCUUUUCUCAAAGUAAUACUAUUCGACAAUAAAAAAAACUAAGGUGAUAAAUUAGAGCUAUAAGAAAUGAGUAACAGUUUAUUUGGAAAUAAAAUGGAUAUCAAAAAGCUAUUUGUUUUGAGAAAACAAGUUUCGAGGACUUAUAGAUUGCAAGACAAUGUAAAGCUACUGUAAUCAGGAUAGUGUGACAUUUCAAUGAGGAUAGGAAAGUAGAUGAUACAAUGGAGACCAGA